AUGCCAGUAACAUUCAAGGUUGCAGAACAUGACGCGAACCCUGUCAUGUUUGGGGGAUACGGCAGCUGUCAGAAUGCACACGACGUACUGGCUUCAACUUGGGGAGGUAAAUCCGGCGCAAAUCGCUUUGAAGAGCUGCUUCAAAGUUCUUUCCCUUCGGAUUGUCAUGACCUGGGGCCACAGAGCAAUGGUUUUGUGGACACCGUCAUACAUGCCUACAACCAACACCAUCACCUUGUCCUUAGGCCGGAUGAUGUGUGGAUAGCAAUACUUGGACAGUUUAACUUCUAUGUCAACGCCAAUGCGGAACAACUACGCUCAAAAUUUGUCGCGCACAAAGGAAAGAAGAAACUCACCGUAACAACAGCAGGUGAUCGAUAUAGUGUCAAUUUUGGUGACCUAGCGAAUCAAAUGACGCAACAGAUCCACAACAAUGUUGUCGACAAAGAAUUGAAAAACUGGAUACUUCCAGAUUUCUCUACGACAUCAUUUAACGACGUGGUGGUAUGCUCAGUCCUUAUGAUGGCUACUCUCAAAGCGUACUUUUCAUACGAGAUGUGCCUAUGUUGCGGCAUACCUUUGGUCACGCUUGAAGGUCAGAAGGAAGACUGGGAGAAACUUUUGAAUCGUUUGGACAAACUGGCAUCUUUUGGACGUGAACCAGAAGCAUGGGCGGUACUUUUGAAACCCAUCCUGCGCAGAUUUGUGUCCUCUUUUGAUGGUAAACCAGAUAUCGAGUUCUGGGGCAAAAUCUGUCACAUUGAUUACGGAGGAUCGGGAAGCGACUCUCUUUCAGGGUGGAUAACGGCUUUCUGUGUCUGGAGCAACACCGGAAAAUGGCAGGGGCCAAAUAUCGACGAAGUUCUGAGCCAUUCACCUGUUCAAGACAACGGCGCAUACAAUCAGGGCUAUGGACUUGUCCUGGAUGGUGUGCGAUAUGCGGUUAUAGACGACGAUAAAAUCCCAGUUGGAUUCUGCGAAGUCGACGUAGACUUGAACGAUAACGGCAAGCAUUUUGACUGUAUGAUGGUAUCGGGGCAUAUGGCAGGGCGUCUUGAGGGCCCAAACCGAGACACGUUGAGACCUGCUCCUGGGUGGUUCAUGUUUGUCAAAUACAAGGGCCCGGAAUCGGCAACCGCACAGUCUUUGUCGGACGUAGCAAACCCAGUGGGCAUGCGAUUCCCCGCUCGUUUUGUUCCGAUGAAGCCAGCAACAGCAGUAGUGUCUGAGGAGAAAGUGAAGGAGCCAAAGGAGCGGCGCCUAAAAAGAUGGAGGUCCGUAGUCAAUAAGUUAUUAAGAUUGAAUUCUCCAGGGAAGUAA